AUGGCACCACUUCCGUCACUACCCGGGCCACCACCAGCUGCACGGGAACGCCAUCACCAUCAUCAUCGCAGACGGGCCCACGGGCUGUACUUCCAUUCAUCACCACCGAAGGUACUCCAAAUGAACAACCAUUUAGCAGCAAAGGACAACGAUUACAAGAGCAGAGACGCGAUCAAACCAUCGAACAUUCGAAUAUGGUUGCACCACAAACAAAUGUCCAAGCUGGCGAAGGUGCUAUGGGCAGGUCAGGGUAUGCGAUUGCGGACGGAAACUUCACACCAUCCGCGUAUGAAACGGUUCCUUGAGUGUGUUCCGCACGUUAUGGGAGUAAUCAAGGAUAUUCACCAGGCCGUAAUAGACAAUGAUCUGGAUGCGUUGAAGGAAAAGACAGCUCCACCUGCACCGAGAGUAAUUCUUACCAGCAAGGAUGCAAAUGGUUUGACACCCCUGCAUAAAGCUGCCGGGCUGGCACACACCCAGAUCGUUGAGUAUAUUCUGUCCGUGUGGCCGAGCUUAUCAUCGGAUGAGGAUCAAACCGGAAAGACGCCGCUCCAUUGGGCGGCAAGUGCGAAAAACAACGCCCGUAGCUUUAACCUCCUGGUGCAGGCUGGCGCUGAUGAAACGGCACUGGAUGAUCGCAAUAAAGCUGCGGAAUACUACAAGAACAAACCGAGCGAUAUUGACCGAUCGUUGCUCUCCAUUAUCCCGGAGGCGCCCCGAAUAUCGCAGCAGGGUUUCCCGGCAUACUUCGACUGGGCCAUGUUUACGCUCCCGGACGAUUCCGAUGAGGGUUCACAGCCAACGCGAAUGAAACCGUUUCUUUCGCAGAAUAAUCUACUGGAUGCGGAUGUGCCCGAGGGCGGAGUCGGUGUGGCCGACACGGUUAGCAAAUCGAAAUCGGUCCACAACCUCACGAACGGUGUGCUGACUGAGUUGGGUCGGGAAGAGCGGGAAACGAAUGGAAUGGAAAGCACGGAGACCACAAAAGAUGACGAGGAGAUAAAGGAUAACGAGACAAACGGUGACCCGGAGUUGAAGGCAGGCAAUCCAGAAAAAGCAACGGAAGAUCAGGACGGGACGUUAGUGGAGCAUAAUGAAGAAAUUGCCACUCCGCCACCGGUAUCUGGUACUCCCGAUGCAUCGGAUGUAUCGAACGAUAAGGUAGAUGAGGCUGGUGAUGGCGAUGAGCACACGCAAGUAACACAACAAAUCGAGUCUGAUGGUGGUGUUACUGAGCAGGAAAACAAUGACGAAAACAUACCACCAGAACCCAAUGCAACUGAUAUGAUUGAAGUAAAAGAAAAUGGUCACGCCGAGAUACUGGAAGAUGGAGAAGGGGCGAGUCGUAAUGUGUCCGCUAAGGGAGCUACAAUAAGUAGUGCUAAUAGCAACGAGUUAGAACGAUCAUCGCAUACAGAGAUUGAAAAUGAAACAAACGCUUCGCCUGUCCCGAUGGAAGAAGCAGAGGUGUCAAAGGACAGUCUCGAGCAGGUUGUACCGAAAGAUGACGAAAUUGAGCAGGAUAGUCUUGGAAAGGAUUUGGACCCGGAUGAGCUUGUUACGGGCAGCGAUCGAGCGCCUUCUGCCGCAUCGGGCAAGGAGUCAAUAAAACUGAACUCACAGCCCAAUUCUAGAGCAACAACAGGAAACAGCGUCAAAUCCACCAUUACAGUGGGCGAAAAAGAUGGCAUGGAGGGAAAUAUUAGUAGACAAUCUUCUGCCGCUGUUGUCUCGAACGGAAUGUCCCCUUCAAAUGGGAUAGAUGUUAAUUCUGAGUCGGAAGAUAUCCCGAACGGCAAUAAUACGGAUAAUAGAGAUGAUCUAGCAUCCGGCAGAAGUGGACGUCAUCGAACAUAUCCAAACUCGGCUAAAGAAUCGAUAACGUCCGCAUCGCGUCCACCAACCGGUACCGAUGCUCCGUUGGAGCAGAUGUCCCGUGGGGCUUCUUCAACACACACUACAGGCCGUGUAUCGGGCAAAUCGUCUCAUUCAUCCACCACCAACCGAAAAGCGUCUAUUUCGGACUCUCAGAAGUCAGUCAACUCCAGCGCUAGUAGCGCUACACAAGCGAACAAGCUUACCCAGGACGGUAACGUCGAUGACGAGGAUGCUGACGAUUCGGAAGCAAACGAUGACUCAAAUAAUGCCGAUGUGCAGAUCGCUAGUUACCGUACAGCCGACGAGAAAACAACUGCAACGCGUAUAGAAAGUGUUACUAGCGAUAAAGAAUUGCCCAAUCAACCCGAAGCAGAACAGGAGAGCGUGGACGUAGCUUCGAUUAAAGACGAUAUGGAAGCAACUGUCGAUGAUGCUCCACAAACUGCAGUAGCAGCACCGGUUGUGUCAGCCACCGCUACAGAACCAUCGAGCCAGGUGCUGGAAAUUGAAGGAACGGUGCAAGGAGAACCAGACCAAGGACAGCUUGAGUCGCAAAACGAACAACCGCUAGAACUUGACGAGCAACCGAAUAUACAACAAACAGUGCAGGACGCAAUUGAUGCUGCAGAUUUGGAGCAGCUUGCUGCGAUCGUGCUGAAUGGUGAAGGCAAACAGUUGAUCGGACGAAAGUCUGAACAGUCGGAAAUACAAGCCUUUCUGGACAAUGUUCCGGCAUAUAUGGGUAAAAUACGGCGUGUCCAUCUGGCAGCACGCGAGGGCAGCCUGCGUGAUUUACAGUCGGCACUGGACAGACGUAAAUUUGCCACGGCAAAGGACGAAGUGUCACCGCAUGGUGCAACACCCCUGCACGUGGCGACAAUAUUCGGCCAUGCAGGCAUUGUGCGGUAUUUGGCCGGUCGCUUUCCGGAGACACUCAGUGCGACGGAUGACGAUGGACGGACGCCACUACACUAUGCGGCCACCCUGAAGGAUAACGGUCACUUUUACAAUCUUCUCACCCACCUGGGAGCUAACCCGAAGGUGGAGGAUAAUCUCAACCAUUCAGCCGAAUACUAUCUGGGUCACGUGCAGUCCCAGGGUAUCCUUUCCCAUCGGCAACUGUUGCGCGAUUAUGGUGCCAAGGAGGAACUCGCCGAUGAGAUGCUGAACGAUCAAGUUCCAGAUGAUCUUCACAGUGCCCGCCGUCCGCUGGACGAUGUCGACACGCUAACGACACUCGAACGGUGCUUCAAAAUCAUCCACGAACCGAUCGACGAUCUGGUGCGGUCGGUCGGCUUGCCCACCAACAGUGUGCCGGGUAGUGCGUCAUCUCUCCGCGUCCUGAUCACUUCCUACCUUGCCCGGUUUCUCAAGCGCAGUGUCUUCGAUAAGGUGAAAAAGCGACAAACCCGCCUAGACCACAACCUGUUCGACGUGAUAUGGCCGGCGAUGAAGAAGGCGACCAAGGAGAAGCGUUUGGAUGAGGACCUGAACGUUGGUAUCGUCAUGCCGGACUACGAUGUGUUUGUUGUGUUUCAGGAGUUUCUUGUACCGAUGAUCAAGGACAUUCACUGUAUGGAGGCGACUCAACCAUUUAUGCCCCACCCGGCAAUGCAGUACUUCCCGCGCUAUGCGAUAAACGGCCAGCAAUCGGAAACUGGAGCCAUUGCAGCAUUCAGCAACAAUGGCAACAUCCUGCGUGAGAACCCCGACAGCAUACAGCUAAACCUGGAUACGUCUGGAAAGUACAUCACCGGAUGUGUUAUCGAGUGUGCACGCAACUUGGAUGCGUACGAGUUCCCGCUUAAUCUGGGUAUCGCCCAGCUGGAACAGGUCGAGCGGGUUAUUACCUCACGAGUGCUUUCCAUGGACUUCGUGCGUGCCAUCGGUGAGACGGAAUUGGGCACGUACUACAGCAUGAACGAAAUUCUCGAAAAUCCGUCCGAAAUUCGGACGAUAUUGGCCACCAAUGGACUGUUGAUACCGUUGCUGGAUCACACCGAUCCAUAUCAAACGGCCGAAUCGAUCGCCAUCAAUGGACGGUACUGGCCGUACGGGCGUGGUGUGUACGUCAGCGUUGACACGGGGUUGGUCGUGUGGGUCAACACACAGGAUCACCUGCGACUACUCUGCUGUACGGACAGUAAGGAUUCGGCCUCAAUCGGAGCAGCUUACUCAAAGAUUGGCCGAGCCAUGAACUACCUCGAGGAGUGGAUCCAGUUCAAGCACAGCUACUUCCUAGGCAACCUCCUAUCAAGACCCUCAUUUCUUGGAACCGGCCUGAAGUUCACCCUGACGCUUGUUCUCCCCCAUCUGUGCAAAGAGCAGGAAAACCUACGCCAUCUGUGCGUUGUGCGCGGGUUGCAUCUCUUCACCGACGAGGAUCUGCCCUCGGUGCGGAUGUGCAACAUGCGCAGCCUAGCCCAAACCGAAUGGCAACUGUUUCAGGAUUUUAGUAGCGCCAUAACGAAUGUGGUCGCACUCGAGAAGGAACUGUCAAUGUCGAACUCGUUGCACAUCGCUGCAACACUGUUGCGUAUAUUUCGUAAGAAAAAACACAGCCUGAGUGCGGAGGGUUCCACACCGCAGAACUGA